AUGGCUGAUUCAUUUAAAGCAUCAUCAGAAUUUGGUUUCCUAUUGUGCCCACUUACACAUCAAAUUUUCGAAGAUCCUGUUUUGGCUGAAGAUGGACAGACAUAUGAAAGAGAAGGUAUAGUUCACCACAUACAGAAAAACGGGACUAGCCCACUUACACAGCAACUACUUAGUGUCGAUCAACUACGUCCCAAUUCCAUAAUUAAGAAGAUAGUUAAUGAAUUUAGAUCAAAACAUUAUUAUUUCAAACUAGAUACACAUAUUAAAAAAAAAUCGCGUCGAGCAUUAUUUCAGGCACAUGGAAAAACUGUGUGGGAAGCAGAGUGGAUCGGAAAAGAUGGUCCAUCAAUUUGUUUAAUGAAAAUCAAUGGUAUUAAAGCAUUGAAAGAAGCAUCAUUUUACGAAAAGAUGACGCGACAUCCCAACAUUGUAAAAACAUAUGGAAUUGUCGAUGAACCUGCGAAUAUAACGUCACAUUCUAUUACUUUGUUGCAAGAAUAUGCAUCUGAAGGGAAUUUAUUUGAAUUAUUACAAGAUCAACCAUCGAUGCCUAAUGAACAUGUCUUAAGUGAAAUAUUUGUUCAAAUAUCAGAUGCAAUGGUAUUUCUGGCACAUAAUCAGGUUGUACAUGGCGACUUAGCAUGUCGAAAUGUGUUAGUAUUUCGAUAUGACGCAAAUGAACCAAAACACAACCUUGUCAAAUUAACUGAUUUUGGUCUUAGUCGAGGAAGUUCCAUGUAUGCGCCAUUAGGCACAGCAUCAACCACCACAUUGACUAUAGUUCCAAUACGUUAUGCUGCUCCUGAAAUUCUCAGAAAUAGUAACAAUAAAAAUUCAUAUACAGAAAAAUCUGAUGUAUUCUCAAUGGGCGUAUUAAUGUGGGAAGCUUAUUCGAAAGGUGAAAUGCCAUGGUCGAAUAUUGAAAAUGAUAAUGAAGUUUGUCAAAAAGUUAUGAAUGGUGAACGUUUAAAACAACCAUCGAAAUGUACGGAUAGAAUGUAG